CAGCUGAGUUUGUCUUUUCUAGCGGCUCGCCCACCUUACUUCCUUCUGCCUUGUGUCUCGUGGUCUGUGUUCCUGCCAGGUUGCUCGUGUCCCUCUCUCACCUGUCCAUCUCUGUGAUAUUUAAAGGAACUUGGCUAUUCUUCGUAUUCUGCCUUCGUAUUCCCAGGGUACAGUGAGAUGGCGUCCACAGCUCCACAGAAUGGUGUAGGAGGAACAACAAAGGCCCACACAAGUAAUGACCGUGCGUCAACAAAUGGCUGCACCAGUAAUGGCCAUGCAAGUAAUGGACACUGCGAGGAGAGCAGAGCGGCGAGUGACACAUCGUCCCUGGAGUGGGAGGACUUCGAGGUGCACAUCGGGUGGGGCACAAUGCGAGGCAAGAUGCGAGGCUCGGGGCCUGAGCUGGUGCUGGGAGUACACGGGUGGCUGGACAACGCCAACACCUUCGACCUUCUGUGCCACCAUCUGCCACAGAACACCAGAUUCCUCUCCCUCGACCUGCCAGGACACGGCCGAUCUGACCACUUCCCCCCGGGCUUCUUCUACGACCCCCGAGGCUACAUGGCGGCCAUCAAGAAAACCAUGACGGCCAUCGGGUGGCAGCGGUUCAUCUACCUGGGCCACAGCAUGGGCGCCGUGGUGGGCAUCAUGUACACUUCUGUUUUCCCUGAAGACGUCAAAGCUUUCAUCUCCAUCGACAUCAUCAAGCCGUGGUCACUUGAUCCGCAAAGACAACCCGAGGCGCUGAAGAAGUACGUGCUACAGUACUUUGACAACGAGCACAAGGCAUCCAAGCAGCCCCUGGUGUACGGAGAGGAGGAGCUGGUGAAGAAGACCAUGGAGGGAAGUCGAUCUCUGGACGAGCGAGGAGCGAGAAUACUGCUGCAGCGAGGCGCCAGGCGGGCCGAGGGUGGGUCUGGCCUGGUGCUGACGCGGGACUUGAGGGUGAAGACUUUCUUUAUCGGGUUCAUCAGCAUGGAGGAGUGGAUAGAGAUGGCCAAGGCGAUCACCUGUCCUUCGCUCAUCGUCAGGGCGAAAGACGGCCACGCGUACGAGCCGGAGGAGAAAUACAAAGUGAUGCUGGAUGCCUUCAGUCAGAGCUGCCCUGACUUCCAGUACCAUGAGGUGGACGGGAAACACCACGUCCACCUUACCAAUGUAGAUGGCGUAGCGAAUUCCAUCACGCCGUUCUUUCACAAGCUGAAGGACUAGAGCCUUUUUAGGGAGAAGACAUGUUGCCUCAAGAAGUCCCCAACACGUAGCCUGUACAGUAUUAAGGACCGAAGUGGCGCCACUGGGAGGAAAAAAAAAGGAGGGAAGUCAUAAUGCGCAUGGAACACUUCUACGCCUCAUCUUCUCUACUUUUUAAAGGCCAUACUUCAACUGACACAGAUUUUCAAGAGUACUUUUUUGUGGUUCUAGUGACAGAUUAAUAAGGUUUCUAUAUUAUCAACAGGAGAAACACUCUUGAAAAGCUAAUUAAUGAUCUCUGUGGCCUUUGAAAAUAGUCAGGGUGAGAGAGCAAAGCGUUUCUGAACACGGCUCAAAGUUGGACUGAAGUAAUGCAAAUUGAUAAAGGUCACAAGUUGAAGGAAAUUGAGCAUCUGCUUUCUUUUAAGACGGAUAUCUUCGUUGGACUACCUAAAACACACAUACACACACACACACACACACACACACACACACACACACACACACACACACACACACACACACACACACACACACACACACACACAUCUACUCACGUCUCUCAGCACUUCGUACGUGUAUGGAUCAAGGUUACAGAUUACAGCACAAAUAAUAUUUCAAGGGAUCAGAUUAGAUUAGCCACGUACCUCAGUCUUUCUAGCAAUCUGAUUUAGCCACCUCUGUGCGCUGUGGGGAUGGUUAACCUUCACGUGACUCAAAGUGACUGGGUUAGUGUAGGAGUCGUAAUGCAUUCACCUUGUGCAAUAGUGUUCUUAUAGGUCAUACUGUUUCUCUCUCUCUCUCUCUCUCUCUCUCUCUCUCUCUCUCUCUCUCUCUCUCUCUCUCUCUCUCUCUCUCUCUCUCUCUCUC